AUGAAAAUAGAAGAUAUUUUAACUACCACGUCAUUUAGUUUAUAUUCUUAAAAUUUAAAGAGUUUUCUAGAAUAAUAUUUUUAUCAUACGUUGAUGAAAGCAAUAUUCUUUGCAUUACUAAUUGCUCUGUCUAUAGCCAACUUCUCAGGAACAGAUGUUCAUGAACUUACUUAAGAUGAUUUCAAUGCAAAAGUGCAAGAUUAGAAAACCUUCUGGGUCAUAGUGGAAUAUUCUAAUUUGAGCUCAGAACAAAGAACUCAAGUUGCUUUGGCUGCUGAAGCUCUGAAGGGAAUGAUUAAUGUUGGAGCACUUUCAAAUGGAAGUAGCACAGUCUUAAGAGUCUAUUCAAAUGGAUAGGCAAUCGAAUAUCCAGGAGAAUGGGAAGCCUAAGAAAUUGUUAGCUUUGCUUUUGAUUAAAUCAGAGAUUUUGCCUUCAAACGAGUCGGUAAAGUGCCUAAGAAGUAAGGAGAGAAAACCCCAGAACCAUAGAUAGAUGAAAGUGAUGUAAUCGUGUUGACAGACGACAAUCUUGAUGAAACCAUUCUCAAUAGUAAAGACUCUUGGUUUGUAGAGUUUUAUGCUCCUUGGUGUGGACAUUGUAAGAAAUUGGCACCAGAGUGGGCUAAAUUGGCAACAGCUCUCAAGGGUGAAGUAAAAGUAGCCAAGAUCGAUGCCAGUGGAGAAGGAUCAAAGACCAAGGGAAAGUAUAAGGUGGAGGGAUUCCCAACCAUUAGAUUCUUUGGAGCAGGAGAGAAAGUAGAUGGUGAUUUUGAAAGUUUCGAUGGAGCCAGAGACUUCAAUACUCUUCUUAAUUAUGCUCGAGAAACUAAUAGAAGAUUAAAGCCUCUCUUCUUUGAAUAAUUGGUCAACUAACAAUAAUUCACAGACAACUGUUUGAAAUCCACUGGCAUAUGUGUUUUAUUGUUUGUUCCACACAUCUAUGAUUGCGAUUAAGAAUGCAGAGAUGCAUAUUUGAACACCUAUAGAGAGACUGUGAAGCCAUUGAAAUCCAAGCCCUUGGUUCACUUCUGGUCUUAAGCAGGAGAUCAAUAUGAAUUGGAAGAACAAUUUGGAUUGUCAGGAGCAGGUUAUCCUUCAGUUUUGGCUUUGAGUCCAAAGAAAUAAUUGUUCUCAAAGAUGAGAGGUUCAUUGACUUCAGCAAAUGUAGAUAGAUUCUUGAACAAUCUUUUAAGUGGUAAAGAAUAAGUGUCCAGAUUCGGAUCAGUUGUGCCUAUAGAAGAAGUUAAAAAUUGAUAUAUAUAAUAAUUUUAAAUGUACAAAUU